UUAGCUUAUCUGAUAAUUAGAACACAAACACAGAAACGAAAAUAGAUAGAUCUAAAGAAAGAUUUUCUGAUAGCUUAGCUUAGCUUCAUCAUAGAUAUAUAUAUAUAUAUACACUCAUUCAUUAAUUACUGUUUGGGUGAGAGAGUGUGAGAGAAAAUCAGAAAGAAAUGGCAUCUGGUGGGAAUGGUGAAGAGUUGAUGGUGAAGAACAAGCAGGUUUUGGCUAAAGACUACAUAACUGGGAAUCCCAGGGAGUCGGAUAUGUACCUCACCACUGCCACUACAAAACUGAAGCUGCCAGCUGAAGAAGAAGAAGCUGCUGUGCUGGUCAAGAACCUCUAUCUGUCUUGCGAUCCAUAUAUGCGAGGGGUUAAGAAUCCUGAACCUGGUCGCCCUCAGUUUUUUGCUCCCAACGCUCCAAUAGUUGGAUAUGGAGUGGGAAAAGUGGUGGAUUCAAAGCACCCAGAGUUCAAAGCAGGGGACUUGGUGUGGGGCAUAACUACCUGGGAAGAAUACAGUGUGAUUAAGAGAACGGAAAGCCUCUUCAAAAUUCACCACACAGAUGUUCCCCUUUCCUACUAUACAGGAAUUCUUGGUAUGCCUGGUUUGACUGCAUAUGUUGGUUUGUACGAAAUCUGUAAGCCCAAGGCAGGAGAAAAAGUAUUCAUAUCGUCAGCAUUCGGUGCGGUUGGUCAGCUGGUUGGGCAAUUGGCAAAGCUGAUGGGUUGUUAUGUUGUUGGAAGCGCGGGAAGUGAUGACAAGGUUGAGAUAUUGAAGAAUAAGCUUGGCUUCGACGAAGCCUUCAACUACAAGUCACAGGGGGACUUGGACGCAGCUCUGAAAAGGUACUUCCCGAAGGGCAUUGACAUCUACUUUGAGAAUGUAGGGGGCAAAAUGCUGGACGCAGUACUGCUCAACAUGAGAGACCAUGGCCGCAUUGCGGUGUGCGGAAUGAUAUCGCAGUACGAUCUCCAUGAAUCAGAAGGGGUUCGCAACCUGAUGGAGCUGGUUCUCAAGCGAAUCCGCAUGGAGGGAUUCACUGUGUUGGAGAAUUACCAUCUCUAUUCAAGCUUCUUGGACACCGUCCUGCCUUAUAUCGGACUGGGCAAGAUUGCUUAUGUGGAACAUAUCGUUCAAGGCCUUCACAAUGGCCCUGCUGCUCUUGCCGACCUUUUCACGGGUCUUAAUGUUGGAAAAACUCUGCUCCUUGUUGCUCCUCAUGAUGAUUGAAUAUUCUUUCACCUCCACUUCCUCUCGUUCAUUGUAUAAUAAAUAUGUCUUGUGUCUAUCUAUUUUAUAAUUUUUUAAAGUUUAAUAAGUAAUAAUUCAGUCUC